AUGGAUUUAAGAGUUUACCCUACAUUAAGGAAGCUAAAAUCUCAAGCGGAGAAGGAUUUUUUUUCAAAUGAAUUUGAAAUGCUUGCUGACUAUGACAGCUUUUUCAACCCAAAAUUCUCUCAUUAAAUUUUUCAUAAAGACGAAACUGUAAGAGGUUAUAAGGAUCUAAACAUUGACAUUUUUUUGACUCCCGCAACAUUGAAGCCUUACCUUAAUAUUAACUACUCACUAGAGGCAAAGAAUCACGAUGACAUAUAAGAAACAUUAACAAAACAUUUCGGUGAAGAUUGCAUGAUUAAAUCGAGAUAGGAAUUUCUAAAUCAGGUUAAAGAAGAAAUUCAACUGUUUAAACCAUUGGGUAAAAAGGUUGGAUAGUUUAUGAGACAGAUGGCAAAGAGAGAUAAUAAUAUUCAACAACUACUUUAAAAAGAAAAAAGAAAUACCACCAAGCAAUAGUUGAAAUAAGAGAAUGUCUAAUUUGAUAUUUAUAAAAUAGAUGCUGAUAAUGACAAAUUCAAGACAAUGAACAGACGUCUAUAAGCAAUGCUAAUUUUUUACAUUGAUGGGGCUUCAUUUAUAUCUCUUGAUGGUAACUGGUCUUAUUUCCUUGUUUAUCAAGGAUCUAAAAAAAGACCAUUAAAUUUAGGGAAAAAUAGAAAUUUUUCAUAAAAUUCAACCAAAAAUCAAGUUAAAAAAGAACUGACUCCCAAGGGAUUAUCUGCAACUAAGUAUACAUAUAAAUUAAGAAUAUCAUAGUUCUUAGUGCUACCAUCAUAUCAAAGACUUGGAAUUGGUAGUGUUCUAUUAGAGCAAAUGUAUAAUUUUUAUCUAGCUGACAAGAAAUGUACUGAAAUUACAGUUGAAGAUCCCUCACAUGAUUUUCAGCAAAUGAAGGAUGCCUUAGAUAUUAAGUUGAUCUGGAAAAAUGGGUUCUUUGAAUCAUUCAGAUAGGUCUUUAAGGGUAAAAGCUCACUUAAAUCUUCAAUAAUAAACAAAUUCAACUUCGAUUAGCUAGUACUCGAUUAAUAGGAGAUUGCAAACAUCUAAUCUUUGUUAAAAUUGAAGAAGUAAAAUAUUUUGAGAUGCUUUGAACUGCUAAUUUUAGCUAAACUUGAUAGAAAGGAUCCAGUGGUUCAUCAAAAGUUUGCUUAGGAAGUUAAAAGAAAAUUUUACUACUAAAUGAAUAAAAAUCUACUUUAGCCAUACUUCUAACUUGAAAGCUUUUACGGAAACAUCAUACCAACUGCUAAUUCAAUUGCAGAUGAACAUGGAAAUGUCAAUUUAAAACCUAGCCAAAAAUAAUGCUGUGAUGGUUUCGGGAAAGUUAUCUCUGAUGAUCAAUUUGCUAAAUUUGAAGAAUCACUAAACAAGAAUCAUCAUCAUUUCUAUGACGGUAAUACAUUCGGUGUCUCAGAAACGAGAACUGGAACAGGUACCCUAGAAUAUCAAAGAGUUUAUAACAAAUACACACCUACACCUCUGCCGAUCGGACUAUAAGCUGGAUUUGGAAAUAUGUAAGGGAUGCUGAAUGGCCAAGGAAAUGGUCAGAAUUUGGUAAUCACGAAGUUUGAAUUGCCAGAAAAUCUAUAAAAGAAGAUCUUAAAGAUUAUUGGUGAUAAUAAUUGGAUGGGAGCCUUAGAGCACAAGGUUCAGACCAUUGUCUAUAUCACUACCUCCACCACUAUUUCCUAGUAAAUUAAAAACUUAAUCAUUAAAGUCGGUGGAUAUCCCUUGAUCUUCCAUCAUAUAAAGGCUCUCUCAAAUUUAGCUGAAAUUCAUCAUGUAUUUUUAAUGGGAUCAUAUGAUGAUAAAAAAUUUGUACCAUUUAUGGACUAUGUUAAGACUCAGUUUAAUUUUGAUAUUCAUUACAUUUAAGAGCACAUUGAGUUCAACACUCCAGGGGGCUUAUUCUUAUAUAAAGACAUCAUUAUGAAAGAUAAUCCAAAAAACAUUUUUGUGAUGCACUGUGAUAUUUGCUGCUCUUUUCCUCUUAAAGAAAUGUUAUUUGAGCACACUUAGAAAAAAUAGAUGCUGACAAUGAUGACAACUCUGGUUGAUAAUUAAGAAGCUAAAAAAUACGGGCAAAUAAUUUAUGAUAAAAAAACUAAUGAAUUGUUGCAUUUUCAUGAAAAAUCUGAACUUGUACUAAGCCAAAUGAUAAAUUGUGGAGUAUAUCUCAUGUCAAGAAAAGUAUUUGAACUGGAGUCCUAUGUAAAAUUAGGGGAAACUUAUAGAAGAAUACUAUCUCUGAGCAAAGAAGAUGAAGAAUCAGAUUAGGGGCUAUCAUAAUUUUUGAGUGAGUUUUCCAACCAAUUCAAGAUAAAUAAUUGUGGAGAGCAGAUUAAGAUUAAGGAUAUUAUAUUGCCACUUUGUAACACUAAGGAAUCACAGAUAUUCAUUCUUGAUUAAUAGAAACAUUUUUGGCAGCAAGUGAAAUCAACAAGAUAGCUUCUUUUAACAUAAGAAAUAUACUUAAAAUAUUACUAAGAGGUUGAUUAAAACAUUCUUACUCAUCCAGAGAGUAUGGAAUAAUCAUAAAUAGAAGGAAUAGUUUGUAUUCAUCCUAAUGCAGAUGUACAUCCAAAUGCUAAACUUGGGCCUAAUGUAACAGUUGGAGCUUAUGCUAAAAUUGGUGAUGGGGCUAGAAUAAUAAACUCAAUUAUUCUAGAGGAUGUUAUCAUUCAGCCUCAUGCAGUUAUUAUCAAUUCAAUUAUCGGUUGGAGUUCUGUAAUUGGAAGUUGGGCUAGAAUUGAGGGUUUAGUGAAUUAGCAUCGCACAGUUAAACAAGAAUAAGAGUUCUAGGAUAGACAUUAUUAUCAAAGUUAAUCAUUCUAGUUCAAUUGCCAUGAACAAUAGAGAGUACUUAAAGAUGGAGUAACUACUAUCGGUGGAGGAGUAACAGUGGAACCAGAGCUUCAUCUGAGGAAUGUAGUCGUUUUACCUUUCAGAACUGUAAGCGAAAGCUACUUUCAUUAGAUAAUAGUGUGA